AUGCAGCGGAGGGAAGUGGCGCAUCUGUGGCUGCUGGUCCUCAGCGUGCUGUCGGUGUCAGUCAGCGGAUUUCCCACUAACCUCAAGAAGACUGCUGCCAGAGACAGAAACGCUUCUGCGUCCCAUAUUGAGGUGAUGGCAGACAAUAGACAUGGAGAGGAUCAGCAGAGUCUGGAUGAGCUCCAGCAGCAGAACCUUCUGCAGACGCUGCCCUCAGGUCCAUCUUCCCCCAGGUCAAGAAACCGCUGGUCCCAGCCCCGUCAUCAUGGUGUCCUCCCCCCUCCUGUACCGGAAGAGGAUCCUGAGCCUUUCAUCCUGGACCUGAGGAACUUCCCAGAGCUUGCUAAUGCAGACAUGAGCUCACAGAACCCCAACAUCCAGGUGACCAUUGAGGUAGUGGAGGACACACAGCCAGAAACCGAGGUAGAGAUGGACUUGGCUAAGGAGGGCCAGCGUAACGAUUGGUCAGUGUCUUCUUCAGAGUGGGCCAACAGCCACAAGAAGCUAUUCUGGCCGCUGUUCUGGGAGUACCCGGAACAGGCGGAGAACGGGCUGGGAAUAGACAGUUUAGAGGAACAAUCUGAGGAGUACAACUACGAUCCAGAGGAGCCGGUUCUCAGUGGAGUUGGGGGAGACUGGGGGGGUCACUGGAACAAUGAAUGGGAUGCCAAGGAUAACUACGAGUACGAGGAGGAGUGGAGUGACUGGGCUCCUUGCAGCGUCACCUGUGGACACGGCACCCAGAAGCGCACCCGUUCUUGCGGCUACGCUUGCACGGCGACUGAGUCACGCACGUGUGACCUGGAGAGCUGUGCAGACACUAUGAUUGCAGUGACUCAGCUGACACCCAUCCACACGACCAAUGGCACUGACUCCCUCGAUACAAAUGUAGACAGCUGUGAGAAGUGGUUAAGCUGCAAGAAUGACUUCCUCCAGAAGUACCUACACCAAGUGCUCACAGAGCUCCCCAGUUGCCCCUGCUCCUACCCUUCUGAAGCUGUUUACAGCGCCGUCAACAUCCAGGACUCCAAACUUCGCAAGACCUACCGCUGGAGGGACGCGAGUGGACCCAAAGAACGCCUGGACAUCUACAAACCCUCAGCCAGAUUCUGCAUCCGCUCAAUGCUGUCAUACGAGAGCACAACAUUAGCGGCGCAACACUGCUGCUACGAUGAUCAGAUGAGACUGAUAACAAGAGGAAAAGGAGCAGGAGCGCCAAAUCUGAUCAGUACCGAGUUCUCACCAGAGCUGCAUUAUAAGGUAGAUGUUCUGCCUUGGAUCCUGUGCAAGGGGGACUGGAGUCGGUUUCAUAUGGUCAGGCCACCUAAUAAUGGGCUAGACUGUGCUGAUAACCCCCCUGAACAAGUGUUUCAGACGGAACUGAAAGAGGCAAGGGAGUACUGA